AUGCGAGUGCAUUUGUUCUCUCUUUCUCUUCUUGCAGUAUGCAGCACCGGCGCGGCCAACCUCCUUGGUCCGGUGUAUCCUGCCCCUAGAGACCUCAGCAGCAAGUCAAGCCGAGUCGCAGCUGGAUGGAAAAGUCUGACAGCGAGGUUACACGGCGAGACCUCCUCAGAUUCCUCUUUGCUGAAGAACCUCACCUUUUCCGUUGGUCUGUUUUCCACCCAUGACCCAGCAGCGGAGUCGUUGCAGUUUCACUACACCUCCUCCGAGAUCCAGAAUGCCCCAAAUGGCACCAAAAAGGUCGACGGAGACAGUAUCUACCGCGUGGCUAGUCUCUCGAAGCUUUUCACCGUUUUUGCUGCGAUGCGUGAGCUCGACAGUGAGCAAUGGGAACGGCCUCUCGCCCUUGCCGCGCAAAUCAGCGGCGUUGCGCGCGAUGUACUGCCAUGGGACGGCGGUGAUCUACUCCUGCAGUACGCAAUUGCGAUACUGGCCGGCUUGAACCCCGUGCCUGCAGCCAUCGAUCCAGCAACCUACGGACUCCCCCCUGUCGACCUGAACGACGCCCUGUCACUGUCACCGUGUCUGCCGAACGUGAGCGAGCCGUGUACUGCGCCUCUGUAUACCGCUGGCGGAGCCAACGACGCACCUGUGUAUCUCCCUUGGACGAGCCCGGCGUACUCAAACAACGGGUUCAUCCUUCUCGGCCUGGCUCUCGCCAACUUGACCGGGAAGUCUCUCGAUGAGAUAUACAAGCAAAGUAUCUUCGAUCCGCUGGAUAUGCAUUCGUCCUACUCUGUCGUCCCGGGAGCGUCGGAGUUUUCUCGGUCUGUGAUCGCAGGCGACUUCGCCUCGGGCUUUGGCUACGACGGUGGCAUUUCCAAGUCGUCAGGAGGGAUCUACUCGACCACCAACGACCUAGCAAAAUUCGGGACGGCGAUCCUGAACUCCACGCUCUUACCACCCGUCGUCACACGCAGGUGGAUGAAGCCCAUCUCGCACACGGCGGACCUGCAGUAUUCCGUCGGUCGACCGUGGGAGAUAUACCGGUACAAGCAUGCCCAGUCCGGCGUGGUCACGGAUCUAUACACCAAGCUCGGGGAUGCAGGGAACUACGGCAGUUUUCUGGUCUUGGUUCCUGAUUUGGAAGCUGGGUUUAGUAUCAUCGGGGCCAGCGCGUUGGCAACGCGAUCGGACGCGACGAGUCUCCUGGCGGAUCUUGUAACGGAGGCGGUCCUCCCUGCGCUGAUGGAGCAGGCUGCGUCUGAAGCAAAGAAGAAUUUUGCGGGGAGGUUCACGACCGAUCGAUUGAAUUCCUCUCUCGCACUGGAUGUUAGUUCUUCGGGCAAUCCAGGCUUGUCGGUUACCUCGUGGGUCAGCAACGGGACGGAUCUCAUGCCCCUGCUGGGUAAAUUACUCGGGAACGAGAACUCCAGGCUCGUGCCGACGAUUAUGUCGAGGAAUGCCGGACAGGUGGCCUUUAGGGCAUAUACAGCUACACAGCAAAAGUCGGGAGGACUAUUCCAGAGAAACUUUGACGUGAAUGACUGGAUUGUCGUCGGCAGCGGGGGAUACGCUACUAAAUCACUGGCGGAAUUUGUGUUUGAAGUGGAUGCGCAGGGGAAGGCGAGCAAGGUGGAAUUACCAGCUUGGAAUGUGACUCUUCAUAGAUAG